AUGAUGCUUUAGCUAUUUUCCUUUCUGCAUUUCAAUUUCCCUUUAUUUUCUCUUUGUGCUCCAACAGUUUGGGAGUCAAUUCAAUUUACCAGAACCCAGAAAACCCUAAACCCCCAAUUCACGAUCAUCUGGAAAAAACCAAUUCCUCUGUAAAAUGGAAAAGCAGAAGCAUCAGAAUCCAUCGAAGUCAGUGAACGACGCAGUGUACAAGCUGCAGCUGGCACUCCUCGACGGCGUCAAAACCCUAGACCACCUCUACUUAGCCGGCUCCAUAAUCUCCCGCUCCGACUACAACGACGUCGUUACGGAGCGAUCCAUCGCCGACCUAUGCGGCUACCCUCUCUGCUCCAAUGCCCUACCUUCCGAAGCUUCCCGUUCCCGCAAGGGUCACUAUCGCAUUUCGCUCAAGGAGCACAAGGUGUACGAUCUCCGAGAGACGAAGCUCUACUGCUCCUCCAAGUGCGUGAUCGAUAGCAAGGCGUUUGCUCAGAGCUUGAGCGAGGAGAGGUGUGAUAUCUUGGAUUUCGGAAAGGUCGAGAGGGUUUUGGGGCAAUUUGGGGAAAAAGAUGAACAAGGGAAGAAGGAGAUUGGGGAUUUGGGGAUCUCUAAGUUGAAGAUUGAAGAAAAGAGUGAGACUUAUAGUGGGAAAUUGGAGGACUGGGUUGGUCCUUCGAAUGCCAUUGAAGGAUAUGUUCCAAAAAAAGAUAGGGUUUCGAAGCCUUUGGGUUCGAAAAAGAGCAAACAAGGGUCCAAAGGGAAAGAUACGAAGCCGAGUGGUGGUGGGAAACAAUUAAUUUUGAAUGAUAUGGACUUCAUGAGUACACUAUUAGCUUGUGAUGAAUAUAGUGUGUCCAAAAUGCCACCAACUGUAGCGGAGAAUAGUGUUGAUACUACGUUAAAGGAAUCAAAAGGAAAAGUUGGUGGUAAAGAUUCAGAGAGCGGAUUUAGUGUGUUGGAAACCUCAGCUGCUCCUAAUAAGAGUGAAGUGGGUGUGGUGGAUGUUGGGGAUUUAGGUAUGUCUAGGUUGAAGAUUGAAGAGAAAGAUGAAUCCUUUGUUGGUAAGGCAGAGAAAUCGAGUGAGGCUAGACUGAGGUCUUCUCUUAAACAUUCAGGGACAAAGAAACUUAGUCGCUCUGUUACUUGGGCUGACGAAAAAAUUGAUAGUACCGGGAGGAGAAAUCUUUGUGAGGUGAGAGACAUGGAAGAUGGAAUUGAAAAUCCUGCUGCAUUUGGCAGCUUGCACAAAGCUUCUACAUCAAAUGAAGCUGGUUCCUCUUUUAAUUGGGUUGAUAAGACGAUUGAUAGUACUAAGAGUGAAAAUAUUUGUGAGGUUAGAGAAAUGCAAGAGGCAAAAGAUGUUCCUGAGGUAGGCAGUUCAGUCCUGCAAGAUAAUGAAUGGUUUGAGUCGGCAGAAGCCUGUGCAUCAGCAUUGAGUCAGGCAGCCGGCGCUGUUGCAACUGGAGAAUCUGAUACUAAUGAUGCUGUGUCAAAAGCCGGGAUUAUUAUAUUGCCACGUCCAGAUGGUGUGGAUGAAGAAGAGUCCAUAGUGGAUGAUGUGUAUGAAGAAGAUUCCAUAGAGGAUAGUGUGGAUGAAGAAGAGUCUGCAGAGGAUGUUGACAUGCUUGAACCAGAACAUGCUGUUUCAAAGUGGCCAAGAAAGCCCGAAAGUUCACAGUAUGAUUUAUUUAACCCUGAGGAUUCUUGGUUUGAUGCUCCACCAGAUGGUUUCAAUUUAACUUUAUCUCCUUUUGCAACAAUGUGGAAUGCACUCUUUACAUGGAUAACAUCAUCUACAUUGGCUUAUAUAUAUGGAAAGGAUGACAGUUCCCAUGAAGAGUUUCUCUACGUCAAUGGGAGAAGUUAUCCCCAUAAGAUUGUGUUGGCAGAUGGUCGGUCUUCAGAAAUCAAGCUAACUGUGGGUGAAUCUCUUUCUCGGGCUCUACCAGAAGUUGUUGCUGAACUAGGGCUACCAGUAUCCAGUUUAGAGAAAGGAAUGGGCUUCAUGUUGAAUACAAUGUCCUUUAUUGAGGCGCUACCAGCAUUCAGAAUGAAACAGUGGCAAGUGAUUGCUCUUCUUUUCAUUGAGGGCCUCUCUGUUUGUAGGAUCCCGGCACUUACUUCUCGCAUGACAAAUAGAAGGGUACUGAUUCAGAAGGUGCUGGAUGGUGCCCGUAUAAGUGUAGAAGAGUACGAGAUUAUGAAGGAUUUCCUAAUACCGCUUGGCCGAGCGCCUCAAUUCUCAUCCCAGAGUGGUGCUUAAUGACAAGGAAUACCAAGUGCUGACUUCAAACCCUGUCAACAAUUGUGCCUGGACGUUAUAUACGAUAACUGUCACCGUCUUGAAAAUUUGUAGAUCUGAUUUCCUAGAAUCGGCUUCAAUUAUGCAAAUCUUCAAUUUUAGCAAAUCAUAGACUUGGAAUUGUUGAGUGUUGACCGUGAAAGUAGUAGUUGGGCACCUUGUUUAUGAAAUCUGAGAGGAAAAAAGUCAUCCCUGCCUGGUUUGUGAUCAAACCGAAUGACUUGAAGUUGCAAGGUUCAUUGUACAUGUUUUCCGAGUACUAGUACAAACAGAAUGUGUUUAAGAUGGA